AUGGCCGAAACAACCUCUGCGACUGCCGACACUACGGUCAGGGCUGUGCGGAGGCGUCGCAGGCCCCCUCGUUCCUGUGUCGAAUGCCGCCGACGAAAGGUGAAGUGCGAUCGAAAGGAGCCUUGUAGGCAUUGUCUUGUGUUGAACAAGCAAUGUAUCUACAGUGAUGAAGCUUCGCAAAGCGAGAAGAGAGCCGAAUCUAUCACGGCACCUCGUCUGCUGCCGUCCACUCAUUUCACUCCGCGCCAAAUGUCGGAGUCUGUCACAACUACGCGACCUGAUCCCAGCCACUUCCGGCAUCUAGAAGCAGAUCGUACAUCGACUCUGAUUAGUCCACUGUCAACUGCUGAAAGUCAACCCAAUGAGGUCACAGGGCGGUUUCCCAGCACUGCUGAAAACAAGGAGCGUCAAAUCAAUGCACUCGACCGCCGUGUCCAGACAUUGGAGCGUGCACUCUCGCUUUCUGCUCCUGGAUCUGUCGCUGUUGAGAAGCAGCCAUCCUCGGGUCCAUCAGGCGCACAUGAAGCCAGAUCUGAAUCUAGUUCAGUAUCCGACAAGUCAAAAGCGACACUGAACAAAUCGCGGUUGUUUGGUCCCACUCACUGGACGAAUGAUCUCGAUGAAUUUAAAAGAGUAUCUGAGUUUAUGCGUGUUGAAACUAUUGAUCCCGAAGACAGCGAACGCAUCAGGCAUUUGAAAUUGAAGAUACGUGAUCUACUGCAGAAAUGCAAGUUCCUCGCCAAAGGCAUUAAAGCAUCCAGGCCAACCAGAACCAGGUGUCUGUUGUCUCCUGAACCAGCACUUCCAGAAAAGAGUCUUGCAGAUACGAUGGCCCGCCUGUAUAUCUCGCGUUUUGAAUCAGUGUUCCGCAUUCUUCACAUCCCGUCUUUCUGGUCUCAAUACGAACAGUAUUGGAGAGAUCCUGCCGAUUCUGGCGAUGAUGUACAGUACACGGUCCAGCUCGUGAUUGCUAUUGGAUUCAGUCUCUAUCGAGAUUCUUAUGACUCGGAUCAAGUAUGCUCGGCGAUGUCCCAAUGGGUAUACGCUGCACAGGCCUGGUUGUCUGCUCCGAUGGAGAAAGAUAGACUGUGCAUAAGAGGGCUGCAGGUACAGUGCCUGUUGAUACUUGCCCGCCAAAGCCUAUCAGUAGGUGGAGAUUUGAUCUGGAUAGCAAUGGGGACGCUUGUGCGAACAGCCAUGCAGCUUGGCUUACAUCGUGAUCCCAGGCAAUUCACAAAAAUGAGUCUCUUACAAGCAGAGAUUCGAAGAAGACUUUGGGCCACGGUGAUGGAAAUGAACGUCCAGGCGGCAUUAGAUGGAGGGAUGCCACCAAAUAUCUCACUUCAUGACUUUGACACCGAGCCUCCAUCCAACAUCAACGAUGUAGAUAUAGAUGAUCGAACCGAACUAAUUUUGGAGACUUCUGUAAUAGCUACAGAUACAUCUCUCCAACGGUUUCUGUUUAGCGCUCUACGCUCAAGGCUUGAAAUACUCCGGUUGAUGAACGGAAUCAGCUCAGAACUAACGCAGGCAGAAGUAAUUACUCUAACUACAGACAUCAAGAAUGCAUGCCGCGAAUGCCGCACUCAUAUCCAAGUCAGUGAAUAUGAUGCCGAGGAACAAGUCUUUCGUCACAAUCUAGCCGACCUACUGCUUCGCCGCUUUCUGCUCAGCUUGCAUCGCCCACUGGCCAAUCGAGGCCGAACAAGCCCUCUGUUCUAUUUUUCCAGAAAAGUUGUUUAUGACUCAGCAACUGCUCUGCUUCUACCGCCACAAAGCGAAGAUUUCACUCAUCUCGUCCUGCGUGGUAGUGGCAUUUUCAAGAAUCGUAUGAUCCAUGUGUCGCUCGCAUUAGCGUCGGAAUUGCUUAUUGAGAUCGAAGAGGAGGAGGGAUCACCAACGUCGAUUCUGAAUCAGCCUUGGAAUUACAAGAGCAUGCUUAUGGCUGCUGUACAAGAAGCUCGACGGCAGUCUGCUCAGCGCAUGCGGUUUGGCGAAACCAACGUUAGGCUACACAUGAAGCUCAGUAUUGUUCUAAGCCAGGCUGAGGACUUGAUACCUGGCCAAUCACGCCAGGAACAGAUGAUACAGAGCGCAAAGGAUAGUCUGGAGAUGGCUUGUAACACUAUUAAAGCCCAAUUGAGCGUAUCAUCGAUUUCUUCCCUAGCAGAUGAUGAAGCGAUUCGUAUAGCUGGAGACGGCCAGUUAGACUUUACUUCGCCCUUCUUAGAUCUUGAUGAUAUCUUGCAGACGUCGGAUUUUAACGCGGAUGGAGAUUUGUUUCGAUUGUUUUAA